AUGGCGAAUUUCCUUCAAAAUUACACAAAUUUCUCCUUCAGCAUAAUUGAUCAUAAAAUACAAAUUAAUAGAGUACCGAACAUAAAAUACCUUGGAGAGGUCUUGGAUCCUCACUUACGUUGGGAAAUUCAUGUCAAUUAUAUUUUAAAGAAAGUUAGAUUUGUAUCCUACAAACCUCAUGUCACAUAUGGUAUUUUAGCAUGGGGAGCUGCAUGUUCCUCACAUAUCUAUAAUUUAGAUGUUUUUCAAAAAAGUAUUCUAAAAAUGAUGUUUAAAAAACCGAAACUUUAUCCCACUGACAAAUUAUACGCAGAUGUACGAAUGUAUGAUAUAAGACAGCUUUAUUUCUUACACAGUAUCACUCACUACCAUAAAUUUGUCAACACCGACCAAAAAAUUAAACAUAAUCAUUACACAAGGUACAAAAUUCGUAAUCGCGUAGACGAUAAUCCCUCAACAAGCACCAGAGACGUGGCUAGAGAAGUGCAAGUAUCAAGAACUAAAGUGUGGCAAACGCUGCGUGAAGAGGGGCUGUAUCCGUUUCACGUCCAACGUGUACAAGCCCUUCAACCUGACGAUUUUCCAGCAAGAGUGCGGUUUUGUGAGUCGUUGUUGCAUCAACAUGACAAUAAUCCGGACUUUUUGAAGUGCAUUUUUUUUACAGACGAAUCUACGUUCACGCGUAAUGGGGUGAAUAACUUUCGCAACACUCAUGUUUGGUCAGUAGAAAAUCCGCACGCGGUCCGUCGGGCACAUUUUCAACAAAUAUUUUCGGUGAAUCGCAUCAGCUGAUUUCAUUUUCUAUUGGAGCGGUAUGAUUUCGGGCAGAGACGUACUUAGCCCUUCUCGUCAACUGGAUAUUGUUUCUGAAAAGGAAAACCCCAACUUUGCGGACACCCUGUAUAUGCAGAUAACCUUCGGAGUUCUCUGAAGAAGUGAGGCAAAACGCAACGCAAAACCAACACAUCGCGUUUUCCACUGCUCCGCAUAGUAUAACCUUUCCCCGGGGCUGUAAAGUAAAGCGCACAGCUGCAAGCGAAGCGCCUUCGAUGUAAACGUACACUUA